UGGAGCCUCCCUAGUGGGACAGUCUAUUCUGCAGUUGUGAGCAUGCUCAGUUGUUCCCUAUACGUUAUCUUAGAGCUGUCCUUUCAGCACCAUGAGAGUCUAAGCCACCGGAGUACUGUUCUCUCCAUCCUGGAUCCCCUCAGGAACUGCUGUCACUGCUUGUGUAGUUGAGAAGCUGACAGUAAACCAGGUUCAGAAUAACAUUUUGAAGGAAUUUCCAUCAGUAAAAUUAUGAAAUUUAAAAGAACGGAAUCCGGCAAAGAUGCACAGAUACGUAAAGCAGUGUGUAUUUCAUAAGCCCUUCAUAUUGCACCUGAAUGGAUUACAUGUAUGAGCUGCUGUGACGUGGAAAGAUGGCUCAGACCAGUGGAGUUGUACGCUUCCUCCCCGAAGGGGACUGUAUACUUUCCUCUCCAAGGGCUCUCAGAGAAGCUGAAGGGAAGCCUUGGAUGCAAUCAUUGGACUCUGAUGAAGUAUUCAGCCCCCAGCGUUGCUUUUCUCCAAAUCUGAACUCCCGGAGAAUACAAGUACUGAGGAAAAGUCUUACACCGGAAGCCAGGCGUGCUCACUUAGGAAUGUAUAAUAGUACAGGGUCUUUGGUUUGCAAUGUUCCUGAAACGGUACAGAGGUCAGGAAGGAUAACUGCUCCUUGCAGUCCAUUGAGAAGCAGUCCUUUAUACUCUCCUGGCAGCAGGAGACCUUUAGUGCUGCCACAGACCACGGGACAUAGCUCUAUUGUAACAUUUACAUUUGUCAAAAAGUCCAGUGUGCAGACUUUAAAUGGGAUCACAACAGAGUGUGACUCUGGUCAAGGUAUGCCACUGGAAGGUACUGACCAAGGUGGAGAAUGUUGUGCUAACACUGCCACAGAUCUGGAAACAUGCCAUGGAAAAAACGUUGAGGGUUUGAAUGGUAUUAGCAUCAAACAAAGAGUUGGCUCUCCACAGCCUGUCUCUUCUCCCCAAGGAGGUAGAGUGCAGCUGAUAUCUGACAGUCCACAAACAUGCCAGAGGCUAUCACACAGGGAAUCAGGCAGAGAGAGUCCCUACUCUAUUGCCGGGUCAGACUAUCACCUGCGCUCACAUUGUGACUCUCCUACUAAAUAUGUUAAUACAAGCACCCCAGCACCAAGCAUCAUGCCAUCUGUAAAUAAUAUGCCCUCCAGUCCUUCUCAAAGCCCCCUGCUCAGACGGCUUGUAGGACAAACUAAUUUCUGCACAGACGAAGUGACAUCACCAAUUAAAGAGGGGUCUAAUGAGCAGUCACCAAGAAGUCCAAGUAGAUUAGAUCUUAGCCAGCAGGUAGACGAAUGGGGUUGUCCAAAGGAGGCUUCUUUACAUGCACAGAAGAUUGCAAAGGCAAAGUGGGAGUUCUUCUACGGUUCCCCUGAAUCUCAAAGGACUGAUUUACAGAUAUUUGAAACUUCGUCACCUCCAUAUUCACCCGUUAGCAGUAAUAGUUUGAGGAACAGGCACAUCCCUGCGGAAAAUGAGGUUUCUGAGCAUAGUCUUUGCCACGUGGAGGUUGAAAUAGAGACAACAUCUUCAGCUGAUCAGAUGCCACAUGUCUGUGAGACGGGCAUUAUCCGCAGAACUAUUAAAUACUCUGAGACAGACCUGGACUCUGUGCCACUAAGGUGCUACCGGGAAACUAACAUAGAUGAUAUUCUGGCCGAAAAUGAAGGUUUGGAUUCUGCUAUUGGCAGUCAAAAGGACAGCGAGAGCAACAGAAGCAUCACGGACACCAGCACGGAGAAACAGGAACCACAAGACACCCCGGUUGUCCCAGAGACUGCUGGCUUUCCCACUAAUAUGUCUGAUAACAAUGUUGAGGAGGAUGAAGAUGAAGUGUUCGUAUCAACAAAGAUGGGAGAUUUCAAAAGGGAGGCUAUACAGACACCACUGCAAUCUCCCCUGACCUUCCUUUUGUGCCAUCGGCUGUCAGAAGAUGGCAUGGACUCAUUCAGCAAGCAUUUUGAGGCCAUUAUGGAAUCUCACAGAGCCAAGGGUACAUCUUACUCCAGCCUUGAUUCCAUCGAUAUUCUCUCUUCCUCUGCACAAAACCAGAACAGUUUCUUCACUUUUGACCUCCCUACACUGACCUCAGAAACGCAGAAGCAGAUCUGCAAGAAUGCUCAGCUUAUAGAAGACAACUUUGCACCGUUGGCUCACCUGGAGCUGGACUCUGGGACAAGCUCCACCACUGACUCCGCCUGGAGUGAGAAAGAGGACGACACGGUAAAUGCUACUGCAGUUGACAACCACCCAUUGCACAGUCCCUCCCCCUCUGAGGACAGCUUAAUCAUUGCUGAUGCCAUUGUACACAGUGAACCACCUCUUGGCGAUAUGGCAUCAGACUUUGAUUCGGAGAUGGACAGCACUGAGCGACUGGCACUAGGAAGCACAGAUACCUUAUCCAAUGGGCAUAAAGCAGAUCAGGAAGCUGCGAAACGCUUAGCAAAGAGACUGUACAAUCUGGAUGGGUUCAAGAAAGCUGAUGUGGCGAGGCACCUGGGGAAGAAGUACGUCAAUGAGUUCAGCAAGAUGGUUGCAGAGGAGUAUCUGAAAUUCUUUGUCUUUACGGGAAUGUCUCUAGAUCAAGCGCUGAGAAUGUUUUUGAAAGAAUUGGCUCUUAUGGGUGAAACGCAAGAAAGAGAACGAAUAUUGGCCCAUUUCUCACAGCGAUACCACCAGUGCAACACCAACAGCGUAUCAUCUGAAGAUGGUGUCCAUACAUUGACAUGUGCACUGAUGCUGUUAAAUACAGACUUGCAUGGACAUAACAUCGGUAAAAGGAUGUCUUGCUCAGAAUUCAUUGGAAAUCUGGAAGGAUUAAAUGGAGGAAAGGACUUUCCAAGAGAACUUCUCAAGGCCCUGUACAGCUCGAUUAAGAAUGAAAAGUUACAGUGGACAAUAGAUGAAGAAGAGCUCAGGAGAUCGCUUUCAGAACUCGCGGACCCUAACCCUAAAUCCAUAAAACGUAUUAAUAGCUGCGGGAAACCAUUCCUUGACUUCUCCCAAGAUCCUAAUAUCACUACAUACAAGUAUGGAGUUCUGGUACGCAAAAUCCAUGCAGAUCCUGACUGCAAAAAAACUCCCAGAGGAAAGAGGGGCUGGAAAACCUUCCAUGGGAUAUUGAAAGGGAUGAUUCUCUACCUACAAAAGGAGGAAUAUAAACCAGGAAAGCCUAUUUCUGAAGAAGACUUGAAAAACGCAAUCAGCAUACAUCAUUCUUUGGCUACUAGAGCAUCCGACUAUAACAAAAGGCCAAAUGUCUUCUACCUGAGAACAGCAGACUGGAGAGUAUUCCUUUUUCAAGCCCAGAAUACAGAACAGAUGCAUUCAUGGAUUACUCGCAUCAAUGUAGUGGCAGCCAUGUUUUCUGCUCCUCCAUUCCCAGCUGCAAUUGGAUCUCAUAAGAAGUUUAGUCGACCUCUUCUCCCAAGUGCUAUCACCCGCCUACCGCAGGAAGAACAGGUGAAAACACAUGAAUCUAAAUUCAAGAGCAUGUCAUCAAGCUUAAUAGAACACCGCACAUCUCCUCCGGAUAAGAAGGUGAAAGGAAAAGAGGUGGAUGAAUUUAAGCAAAAGGAGGACUACCUCGAAUUUGAGAAAUCCCGCUAUGGCACAUACGCCAUGCUCUUAAGAGCCAAACUGACUGCGGGUACAGAAGAUUUGGAAGCUUUUGAAACCAGUUUGUUCGACUCGGCAGAAAAUGAUGAGGAUGGACUUAAAAAAUCACGCUCUAGCCCUUCUCUAAAUUUGGAUCCACCGGUCGCAUCCACCAAAGCAAAGUGUCACGUGUCUUCAAGAAGCAGCUGCAGACCAACGCACAGCAGCAACAGGCAGAAAUCGUGAACGGUCUGCCAGGACAAAUCUCGGUGAAAGAAGAAUUUGAGACCCCGCUUUCCUCUGUAUCUGAUGUGUUGGGUUGCAAGCUGGUACCAAUAAGUAUUGCAUGAUUUAAUACUUUUUGCAGAUACAUGCUUUGAUGAGCUCAGACCUUUAAAGGGCUUUUGAAACCAGCAGUGAGAUUCCUAUCAUGGAUGACAAGCUGCAGAAUCACUGUACGCACUGCCCGUGUAGGAUACAACAUGGAUUGUGCCAGAGGAGAGGCCCGCAUGUGAGUGAAGUCCGUAUCUGUAUGUCAGGAUAAAGAUGUUAAACCUUUCUUGUACUGUAUAUGUAAGCCAUUCAAAUCCAGCGGGACCAUAUUUUUAAAUUUUGUUAUGGGGAAACUACCAAAAAAUAAUUCUAAAAAGUUUCCUUGCAUACCCAAGUGGACUUCAUUAUGGAAACACGUACAGCACAUAAACUUUGCUACAAUCCAAUCCUUUUUUAUGGCGACAAUGAAGAGAUGAAAGCCUCCUGUUCUAAACACACAAGGGCAAUGUACAGAAUUUCUACUCUCGUUUUGUAUAUGUUUCGGCUACUCGAGCGAUUGAGAGGAGUAAGCAGGGUGGAACGACGCAGAAACGAAAAUGGAACUUGGAUUUUCUGAGGGCAAAAUGGCUUCUUCAUUGCAGAAUGGUGCCAUUACUUAACUGGACUACUCCGUUUUUGUGACAUAUUUUUGCACUUUUACUACUUUACGAAAUUUGAUUGUCAUGCUGAUAUUUUGUAGUAUUAAUGCUCCUUUUGAGGUCUGGGAAUUGUUUUCUUUCAUGCUAAAAAAACAAACAAAAAAAAAAACAAGAAACAAAAUUGAAUGUCGAUUUUCAGAAAAAUUCUUAAGGGAAGUUUACACUUAACGUAAAAAAAGGCAACAACAACGCAACAUUCUCUGCAUGUGUCAGAAACGUCAGUGACUUCUUUCUCAUCAGACAUUGAACCUGACCAGACAACUUUGGAUGUCUAGCACCGGAAGAAUACCAGCAAAAAAUGUCAAUCACAGUUUUUGGGAGUGACUUUGUUACAAGGGAGAAUAGCUGGGAAAUUGGGACAACAUAAAAUCGUAUGAUCAGAUGCAGUUAAAAUUAUAUGCCAAGCAUUUAAGCCAUAUUUACAAUCUAAACAGUUUGUUAGGUGGGCUAGAAUGCCACUUGUUUUACAUUAGCCUUCCACACACUGAAGCCAAACACAACCUUUACUGUAUCUUCAUUUUUCUACUUAACACUAGCUAGUGACCUAUCUGGCCAGUGCUGUAGCCACGCAUCACCAGAAAUUCCAUACCAAUCUGAUUACCGAUCAUUAGCAGAAGAAACCGCAUAAGAGUAUUUUGUUUGGUUGGUGUCAAAUUCAACAUACAAUUUGUUUAUACAACUUGUGUACGUAACAUUGCAUGUAUGUAGUACCAAUUGCCUCAGCAUCUACUGAUACAUCAAUGGCCUUUUUAUUGCUGUUUUUAGAACACCUGAAGUAGAUUUGGAGACAGAUAAGAUCGCACCUAUGUGUAUGUCAUUUAGUAGACACUAUGUCCUUUUAUACACAUGCCAGAUUAUCUUCUGGGCUAUUUGGUUGUCAAGGAUGCUAGAUUCUGUGACUCUAGAAAGGGCGAUAUUUGGGUGAACUUACCAGAACCUCGGUGAACAAAGCUUCCUAAUGUACAGAUUGUUACAAUUGUCUAUAUAUCUAGAGGGUAUCAUCUGCCUCCGCCAACACAACCCAGACCUUUGUGGAAGCCACGGCUAUUUCCUUAGUAUCUUUAACGUCCCCAUAUUUGUGUAUUCUUUUUAUUGUUUGUAAGCAUAUUAUUUUAUUUUUAUUUUCCAAAAACUAUUUCAGUUAUUCUCUACAGAAAAUGAACUAUUUUCCACCGCAGAAAAGAUUUUCUUUUUGCUGCAUUUAUGCAGAUAUCAAAGUACAUAAUUUAAUGUGGUGAUCUGCAAACUGCUCAUUAACGGUAGAGAUAUAUUGGAAUCGGAGUACCCCAGGCAAAUCAGACUAUUCAUUUUGUGAUGCCAUUCGUUAGAAGCAGGUCUACAGUGCAAUUAAAAUGAAGAAAGUUGAACUUCAUGUACUUAUUCCUCUGUGUUUUUCAACCGUGCUAUGUAAUUUGUAAUUUAUCAGUUAACCACAAUUUUUUUUUGCCUUGUAAUAUUUCCGCAGUACAUAUGAUGUUCCAUUUCCCGUAGUCAGCUGUAAAGGGCACAAUAUUUAAUUAAGGCUAGAUAAAUAAAAUUGACCAAUUUAAGUGAAAUCUACAAUAAUUCUUUUUAAACUUAUAAACAUAUUACUGUUCUGCUGGGUAAAUACUUUAUGUUUAUGUUGUUUAGCUGCAUUGUUAGUGAAUUGGGGUAUCUACAGUAAAUGUAGAGAUGUAUUGUCAUUGAGCAUUAUUGCCCAAAAUACAGAGGUCAAUUUCACAAAUUUCAUUCACUAAUAAAAUUGACCCUUAUAAUCUUGAACUAAUGCCAAAAUUGUGCCAUAAGAAUGUAGUUUAAAAUACAGCAAAAGCUACAGAAGUUGAUAUGGUGUUUUAUAAUAUUGGCAAGUGUCCCCGUACCAAAAUAGAAUACAGGUUGAGUAUCCCAUAUCCAAAUAUUCCGAAAUACAGAAUAUUCCGAAAUACGGACUUUUUUGAAUGAGAGUGAGAUAGUGAAACCUUUGUUUUUUGAUGGCUCAAUGUCCACAAACUUUGUUUAAUACACAAAGUUAUUCAAAAUAUUGUAUUAAAUGACCUCCAGCCUGUGUGUAUAAGGUGUAUAUGAAACAUAAAUGAAUUGUGUGAAUGUAGAUACACUAUGUUCAAUGCACAAAGUUACAAAAAAUAUUGGCUAAAAUUACCUUCUGGCUGUGUGUAUAAGGUGUAUAUGAAACAUAAAUGCAUUCUGUGCUUAGAUUUAGGUCCCAUCACCAUGAUAUCUCAUUAUGGUAUGCAAUUAUUCCAAAAUAUGGAAAAAUCCCAUAUCCAAAAUACCUCCGGUCCCAAGCAUUUUGGAUAAGGGAUACUCAACCUGUAUAGUUUUUUUUCUUAAAAUACUAGAUAUGAUUGUUUUGUUUGGAACUAUUGUGUGAUCAGUCAUUUUAUUGUGUGAUACUGUACUGCUCUAUUUAUAAGUAGUUUCUCAGUGGAUUUCUGUUUUGUUGGAAGUAGUAUGAGAGUUUAACUAAGGGCUAAACAUCAGGAAUAAAUUGAGCAAGUCUCUAGAGUCUAGAGCAGGCAUUCCGAAUCUCGCACCUCAAGGCACACUAACAGUGCAGGUUUUAGUGAUAGCCAGGCUUCAGCACAAAUGGUUAAAUAAAAUUAACUGAGGUACUAAUUAAGUCACCUGUGCUGAAGCCUGGAUAUCACUAAAACCUAGUCUGUUAGUGUGCCUUGAGGACCGAGGUUGGGAAUGCCUGGACUAGAGCAUAGAUAGACAAUCUUUAUGUGUUCUAUCUUGUAGGACAUAUUGGAAGUUGGUUCUAUAAAUGUUGGAGAUUCAUGGAUUGCCUGAGCCUGCUCUGUAGAUGUACAUCACUUUAUAAAGGGGCUCCAUUAAUAAUUGGGACCUAGGUUAAUACAGGAAUACUAGAAUCCCUACAGUAGGGGAGUAUCUUCUUUCAAGCAUAGAUCAAUGUUUUAUAAGACAGAUUUCAGCAAAACUUGUAGGACAUAUAAAUGAAAGUAUGAGCAAGAGAUUUAUGGAAGAGAAAACAUUAGUUACACUAAUGAACAAAAUCAUAUAAAUCCUGAGAUUGGGCAUACAUUCCAAAAUCAGGAUUAGUAGCUGCUGCCUGAUCAGUGAUUUGUUGGUUAUGGCUGCUAUGCAUACCCUGGACACCAGCAAUUGUAUUUAGUAUGGGUUAUCAAGCAAUGUGAUACUCUGGAUUGGCUGAAAUUUCACAUGAACUUUUCAUGUGACAAGUUCUAUUCAGCGGUCAGGUCUGGUGAAUGCCUGGCACUAUCAUUAUAUUAUUUUAGAUUUUCACCAGUUUGAUUUUGAAACAAUGCAAUUCCUAUUACUUGCAUUAUGCGCUGUAAUAUCAUAGGCACCUACCAGUGACUGAACAAGCUUCCUGCAUCUUCCACCCACCGUGAGAUCUCUGUGAGGGCUUGCUGUUAGGGAUGAGUGACAAUACGACCACUGCUGAUUUUGUGAACAAUACAGUACAGGUACAAGCAUUUAUUUCCUUCAGUCUCAUUUAUAUUACAUAGCUAUUUGAAGGGAAAAAAUCAACCCAUUUCCUGAGUGCGUUUUUCUAAGUGAUGACAAAUGAUUCUCAUAGCAGGGAAUGGUUAUUUUACUAUUCUUGCACAAGUGACCACUUGGACUAACCAGUCCUACAGUAUGUCUUAGGCUCACGCCUGAGUAUCAUAAUUUUGAGAUUAUUCUGUGGUUAAUGUGAAAUUUGUAAAGUAUAAAAGUAAAGCUGUGAUCAGUUUAUAACCAGCAAGCGAUGCAUAUCAAAUCACUGUCAAAUAAAAAUUCCCAUAGGAGCUGCAAAGUAUUAAUGGUAAAUGUAAGUUGUGUUUGUCUCUUUUUGUAUUAUUUUAAUUUUUUAGAUGAGUGAAACAAUAUUUUGUUGAUGAUGCCAAAGUGCUAUAUCAGUAGAGCAGAUCGUGGAGGCUGAGUGGUAUUUAAAGUACCUGAUGCCUAUGUACACAGGAAGCAGUCAUUGUCUGGGCUAAAUAUUCAUUAGAGUGCAGCCUAUCUAUUUACUAAGGACAAGGGGGCAGAUGUAUUAACCUGGGGAAGGCAUAAGGAACCAGUGAUAAGUGCAAGGUGAAAGACACCAGCCAAUCAGCUCCAAUAUGUAAAUUAACAGUUAGGAUCUGAUUGGCUGGUUCCUUUAUCAACUUACACUUAUCACUGGUUUAUCACAUUACCUUAUGCCUUCUCCAUGUUAAUAAAUCUGCCCCAAUGAGCCUGAUUUAGAAGGUGCAUACUGUUGCAUGUGCAGUUUCGAUUUAGUGUGCAGUGACAAAAAAAAUCACUGUGCUGAGUCCGACAUCGACAUUUCGUCCGCCUUUGAAUCAGGACCAAUGACAUAACUCAUGCCUCAGUGACUAACCUGUAGUAAAUCGAUAGACUCCAUAUUUGUUUUUUCAAACAAAAUGUCAUCUGCUCAAACUGUGGGGCAACAGGUACACAAAAUCACUCUGUCUGCUACUAUAGUAAAUCAAGGUAGUGGUUAUAACCAGGGUGGUCAGAGGACAGUCUGCAGUGUACUACUUGUACACAUAGCAGAUUAGCACAGGGAAGGUUAUACAGGGGAGAUGAAUGCCCUCAUUAACCAGUGUAUUACUGACUAGGCAUAGAGUAACCUAAGGAAGAAUAAUAGGAUAUUGGGAUGUAUGAAAGGUACAUACCACCCCAAGUAUGCCACCAGCAUUACGCAAAAUCCACAUAAUCACCUCAUGGUUGAUCUUUAAUAUAAUAUUUUUAUUUAUUUUUUUGUGGUUUACAAAUAUAUAAUUAAUAUAUAGUAUCAUGUUUGUACACUAUGUGGUCUGUAAAAAAAAGAAAACCUCAAAUAAAGGCAAAAAGUGUUUUAUUACUGUGAGAUUGUGACAUAAAGAAUGACAAAUGACUGUAAUUACUUGAUUUAUAUACAAUACGUAGAGUAUAAUGUGACCAAUAAUUUCCUGAAAUUUAUUUAGUAUGAUUAUAUUGGUCUUCUGUCCUAUGGUAAAAGCAGUCCCAUUUGCCCCUAAAGUCAGCUUUAGUUAAAUUGUGUUUCGUUUAUUAUGGCACUUAAAGGGCUGAAUUUAUGAUGACCUCUCCACUGACGUUUAUGUGCAAAAUAGAAUGUGGGAGUAUACUAAAAUAUACACAGUGUAAUGAUAGCUGAGGGUAUGCUAAUAGGCUAGGCUGCAUUGUUCUUCUGCAGUGUAAAUCUGAUGAAAAAUGACACCAAAAUAAAUACAUUUUUAUCUGUAGAAGUUGUAUUUUAUGGUGAAAAGUGUAUUUACUAAUGACAUAUUCUUUGUGAACAUUAACCAAAUCAUGUCUGUAUUAAAGAAUUACGAAAAAAACAAAAAUAUAAUACAUUUAAAUAAAGUAGUGCAUUAUGGGGCUGAUUCAGACCUAAUCACUGGGAUGCAAAGUUUGCUGUCCUGCGUUCGGAUAGUCGCCGCCUCUAGGGAGAGUGUAAAUUUGCCGUGCAAGUGUGCAAUCACAUGUGUACUACACAGAGCUGCGAUGUGAAGAGGGUGAUCUGGGCUGGAGCUUAUGUCGGACACCUUCCCUGAAAACGCUUGGGCACGCCUGCGUUUUUCUGGACACUCCUUGUAAAUGGUCAGUUGCCACCCACAAACGGCCUCAUCCUGUGAAUCACCUUGCAAACGCCCGUGCGUUUGGAGUUUUUGCACCAUCCUGGCGAUGCCCGUUGUUGUUGUCUGGCGCGCAUGCGCAUUGCGGUGCAUACGCAUGCGUAGUUAGGACCUGAUCGCCCGCUGUGCGAAAACGCACAGCAGCGAUCAGGUCUGAAUCACGCCCUAUAACCUACAGUAGAAGGGUGUUUUCACCUUCUAUUUUGGUGUUGAUCCCAUAUCAUUCUGUCCCAGAUUUAUCAAGCCUUGGAGAGUGAUAAAAUUGCAUGGAGACAAAGUACCAACCAAUCUGCUCCUAACUGUCAUUUUUCAAACACAGCCUGUGACAUGGCAGUUAGGAGCUGAUUGGUUGGUACUUUAUCAAUGGGCAAUUUAUCACUCUCUAAAGGGCCCUACUCACUGGCCGACCCGCCGCCGAGCUGCCCGACGGCGGAUACGGCCGACGAGCGACCCGGCGGCGGGGGGGCAGUGACGGGGGGAGUGAAGUUUCUUCACUCCCCCCGUCACGCGGCUGCAUUGAAGUGCAGGCAAAUAUGGACGAGAUCGUCCAUAUUGGCCUGCAUGCACAGCCGACGGGAGACCAGCGAUGAACGAGCGCGGGGACGCGCAUCGUUCAUCGCUGGAGUCUCCACACUGAAAGAUAUGAACGAGUUCUCGUUCAUUUAUGAACGAGAUCGUUCAUAUCUUUCCGAAAAUCGGCCAGUGUGUAGGGCCCUAUAGACUUGAUAAAUCUGGGCCCAAGUUUGGUAAUUGACCACUCUGAGAAUGAGCAAGCCUGGGUGUUGACCAAUUGGUUACAUAUCAAAAAAGGGUUACCAUACUGCUUGGACAUAUCUGCUGUUAAUUUUUUGCUGUUUUUGUAAUGUAUGAUUUGUUGUAUAACUAACAUGCCCAACUAAUAAGUUAUCAUUCUUUGUAUAUUGCACAUAUCUGUAAUAUUUUAGGGGGAGAUUUAUCAAGUCUUGGAGAGAAAGUGGAGAAGUUGUCCAUAGCAACUAAGCAGCUUUUAACUGUCAUUUUACAGGCUGUGCUAGAACAACAGUUUGAAUCUGGUUGCUCUGUGCUGCUUUUCCACUUUAUCUCUCCAAAAUUAGAUAAAUGCCGCCUUUCACCCUUGUAUUUUAGUACAGUAACAAUAAUUUGCUUGAUUUAUAGACAAAUGUAAAAGUUUUUGUAAUGGAUUGUUACAUGGUCAGCAAUGGAGGAGGAGAACAUGAUACAGCUGGACCCAUAAACUUUCAGGUUGCCAAGCAUCGUCAGCUCACUGCAAUAUUCAGCAUUUAUAUAAAGAGAAGACUGCUAUGUAGAACCACAGUUCAAUUUUCCAGGUUACUGCUUCAGUAAGCUAUUAUGUAUUUAAGAUAAUUAUAUUAAUGUAUUCUCAGAAGUGAAAUAAAUGGCUUUAGCAGAGGUCUAGAAAAUAAAUGUUUCCAAAUUCAUUACUGCAUAUGAUUAUGUAUAAAAAGCAGGAUGCAUACAGAAAGGAACUAUAUUUAAGAAGAGGGUAAUACAGUAUAAUUAAGUCUUAUGGAGUCUUUAUCUCUCCCACCAGAGUGGAUGUAACAGGAAGAGGCUAUGUAUGGACAGUUUCUGGUGUUGUUACCUAGAUACCAGUGACGUGCAGUGUGGUGAGGCAGAGCUUUUCCUGCCUUACUCCAGUAUAAGGCAGAGUUUUGACUAUAAAUUAUAAAGUAUAUGAAAAGUACAAAGAAUAUAUUAGAAAUAUCUUCUUUGUAUUAUUCGAAUAAUUUUUAUCAUCAAAACUCUGGAGUAAAACGUCUGUGACAGAUGAGUGUCUAUCUUUUCCACACAUCUCUGAUCAAACCUCACCAAAUUUCAAGCAGUAUAAACUGCUACACCUGUGUAUAAUACCCACAUGUAUAUACUCUACUACACCUGUGUAUAAUGCCCACAUGUAUAUACUGUGCUGCUCCCAGGGGUUAAAGUGGGGGGAAAUGAGGUGUAACUGAGUAUCAAUAGAUGGGCAUUAUGUGUAUAAGCAUCACUACUGUGGCCAGUAUGUGUAAAGGGCACUACUAUUGUGGGCACUAUGUGUAAGAGGCCCUACUUCUGUGGGCAUUCUGUAUAUAAGCGGCACUACUACUGUGGACAUUUUGUGUAUAAGUGGCACUAUUGUGGUCUUAUGUGUAAGGGGCACUACUACUGUGGGAAUUGUGUAUAAGGGGCACUACUGUGGGCAUUAUAUAUAAGGGGCACUACUGUGUGGCAUAACAUGUAUAGAGGUUACCAUCGUCAAGUGCAUUGUGAAUAAAGGGCACCACUGAGUGACGUAACCUGAAUAAGGGGCAUUACUAUGUGGUGUAAUAUGAAUCAGGGGCACUACACACGGUGUAAUGUGAAUAAGAUUGUGCUACUGUGUGGUGUAAUUUGAAUUGGCGUACUAUUAUGUUACCACGCUGCUUCUUUGUGAGAUCAGUGUCCCUUUAUAAAGUAAGGGAAAUAGGGCACUAAUUUAUAGUUUGCAGGGGGGUUCCAAAAGCACUAGUACUGGCCCUGGUUCCGCUUUAUGUGAGGAUGGGUGGGGGGAGGUACAGAUGGGUCCACAUUUAUCUUAACCUUUAAUAGGAUUAACUGAGACUGGCCAGUCGGACUUAAUCCCCUGCUGUAAUGACUUAAUCCCCUACUGUAUUGUUCUCUGUAUUGUAUUGCAGCUGAAAGCAAUAGAUGAAGGGUUUAUGCUAAUAAGUCAUGUUGUGCAUAGGGCUAGCGCAGAAAACUAGUCAAGGUAACGGUGGACCCAUCUGUAGGUGACGAGUUAAAUGAGUUCCACCACCUCUCCAGGACCACUUUAAACCCUGGCUGCACCUGUGUAUAAUGCCCACAUGUAUAUACUGGGCUGGAUCGGUGUAUAAUGCCCACAUGUAUAUACUGUGCUGCACCUGUGUAUAAUGCCCACAUGCACCCUCGGGCUCAUAUAUUGUGAAUAAAUCUGGCUCUGGAACCAGGUACCAGAGCCAGUGCCUCCUCAGCCAUUUAUCUCACCGCACGUCCCUGCUAGGUACAGGGAUGGGUUAUCCCACAGAUUGCCUCUUUCAAGCCCUGCCACAUACAUUGUUGUAUAAACAAGGAUUUUCUACUGCAUAUUUAUACAUUCUUCUGCAACAUUACUUGCAUAUUAAAACAGUUUAAGAACUGGUGCUCAAUUCUAAUCAUUCCUAAUGCCGUAUACAUGUAAUGGUGGACCCUCCUGAGAUCAGGCUAUGUGAGACAUUAAACAUUUUAUAGAAUAACAUGAGCCAGAAACGUCCUUUUUCUACCAGAUAAUUCUUGCCUUGAAAAUUGGUCAUAAUCUCCAUCUGUUUUAUGGGUGACGCAUUACAGGUGCAACAAGCCUCCAUGAGUUCUGCAUGCUUUUAGCACUUCAGUCACACCGGUAAUAACGAUACAAAGCAGAUUAGAAAACACACUUUUCCAUGUAUAUUGUGACACAUCGCAGAUUAUUAUUAUUAUUAUUAUUAUUAUUAUUAUUAUUAUUAUUUUUUUUGUAACCUUAAGCUGAGUGCUUUGCAUUUUGUGAGCAAUUUAUAAGCAUGAUGUGGCCUCUCCUUUUUGUACUGGGAGACACUCGCAGUCUAGGCCUGUCCUACUGUACCUAGGGGGUCAAACACCUUUCUUCUUUCCUCUAUCCCUUAAGCAUUGCAGUGACUUAUUGUCACCUUGUCAGCAGCUGGCUUAUACAGUAUUUCUAGAGAUAGGCCGUUGGCUGUUUCUGUUUUGCUUUAAAAUUAUACUUUAUGUAUCUCUAAUUCUGAAAAUGCCUAAUAUAUUGUUUCCUAUUUCCCGUCUGUAAUUCUGGUUAAUUGCAAGUCAUGCACCCGAGAAAUGCCAAACUGUUUUCUGCAUAAAAGAUCUGUGUUAAGUUUUAUUUUCCAUACAUUUAUUAAAUUAAAAUUACUUUUCACAUGGA